AUGCACAGGAUAAGGUUGAAGAGCUGCGGACUGCGUUGAUCAGUGCUAAGACCAAUAUCUCACCCCGCAGAGAAUACUUCUUGCAGCUGUGGGGGUCUAGUGUUGAGCUGCACGAGACUAUCAGGUGUGCCAUCGUACGUAGUCACUUGUAG